CGCUAGAGACCCUCAUUGACACGUGUGGCGCUGGCCUAUCCCAUCAUGCAACGUUACUACAGCGUGGGGUCAAACAUGGCGGCCACAGACGAAACGUCGGCGUUGCUGAGAUCUUUUGAAUGUGAACAGAACUUGCUAUCCCGACCAGAUGGCUCAGCAAACGUCAGACAAGGUGAUACGUCGGUGUUGGCAGCAGUGUAUGGUCCAGGAGAGGUCAAGAUGAGUGAAGAGAUCAUCGACAAAGCCACGCUGAAAGUCAUCUUCAAACCCAAAAUUGGACUUCCAGGUUGUGCAGAGAAGUUGCAAGAGAGGCUACUGAGGAACACGUGUGAGUCCGUGGUGCUAGCAGUACUUCAUCCACGAUCAGGCGUCAACAUUGUCUUACAAGUCAUUCAGGAUUCAGGCUCCCUCCUAUCUUGUUGCAUAAAUGCAGCGUGCAUGGCGCUGGUGGACUCUGCUGUGCCCAUGAAGUGCCUGGUUAGCGCUGUCACGUGUGCUGUAAUGGAGGAAGGGCGGAUCGUGUUGGAUCCUGACUCUAAACAGGAAAAGGAAUCGUCAGCUGUCCUGACGUUUGCAUUUGACAGUAGAGAAAACAAUGUCGUCACCUGCAGCACAAAAGGAUGCUACACGCCCGAGAAGUACCAGGAAUGCCUGUCAGCAUGUGGAGCAGCCAGCAGGAACAUCUCCAGCUUCUUCAGGCAAGCAGUGGAGAGGAGAAUGUCAAAGGAACUCUAAGUCAAUAUAUAGGAUCAUCAAAUUGUCAUGUGUUACUCCUUGUACAUCCUUGAUCAUACAAUAUUGAUAUAAUAAUGUAGCA